AUGCGAGGAGUGGUCUCGGGAAGAUCGCAUGCGGCUCGGAUACCUUGCCAUCUUCACGGAUUCAUUGAAGGGAGAAAGUACUCAACCGCUACACGGGCUAGUCUUGCAAGGCUAGUGAUGGAUUUAGAAAGAUUUGAGAAUUAUCAUUGGGGGAGAGUGGCGUUUAAGGUGCUGAUGGAGUCUUUGAAGGGUGUAAAUUUGGAAUCAAAUUCAUACACUGUUGAUGGGUUUGUUCAAGUUCUCCAGGUGUGGGCGUACUUUGCUCUGCCAGAAUUUGGUGCUAAUUAUGAGCAUUCCCUACCAAACAGACCGUCUCCGCUGAUGUUGGCUUACGAUGGUGGCAAAGGACGCAUAUUUUUUAAAGAGGUCAUUAGCAGACAUACUAGCGUGAUCAACUUCGUCCAGAAGGACUUUGCUGAGAUGUUUCCACGAUGGGACUUUGCGGAGAACAUAAUCAAAGUCAUGUUUAAUACGAAAGCUAAUUGGAACUGGACCAUGAAUUGCUGGGAAGUCACCGGUACUAAACCGAGAGUGAAGAAGGAAGAGAGUGCAGCGGAGACAGAGAGUGGUGUGAAGGAGGAAAGUGCAGUACCUCGGAAGAAAGCUCGUAAAGCGGCUUCUGUUGAGGCUUGGAAAGUGCCUUCUGUUGAGGCUAGUAAAGUGCCUUCUGCUGAGGCACGUGCAGAGGCUCGUUCAGAGGCUUCUACGUGUGUUGGUGGGAUGACCAAGGAGCAGAUUGAAAAAAGCUUCAAGGGCAUAGCUGAUGUCAUGAGGGAUGGGUUUGGGAUGUGCCUUAGGGAGAUCAAGUUGUUGAGGGAUAGGUUAAAAGCUGUGGAGAAGAAGAGUGAGAGUGUGAAUGGGGCGAAAGCAGGACAAAAUGGGGGGAAAGCAGGACAGAAUGACCCCCAAGAACCGAGUUCCUCGAAAGACCUGAGUGUUGUGAUAGCAAAUGAGCCUCUAGAACAUAGUGGUGAACCUAGAGUUCUUGUAUUGGACAACGAAGUACCCACUGAUUCAGAUUUACAGAAGGGGGAAAUUAGAAGGUAG